AUGAUGGAACCACCACCUCUACCACCACAAGUCGACGCGAAACGAGCCCCCCAUCUUCCACCUCCACCAAAUCAGGGCCCUAAUGACCCAUAUGAAAACUCUUUGUCUCAAAUUCCAGACCACCGUAGCCCUCACUGGGAGCCAUGUUCAUGCUGUACUACAGCGCCCGAAGGAAACACCCUGUCAUCUCAGCCCGAAGUCCCACCUCCUCCAGCAGGUCAUCCGCAGACCGAUACACCCGAAGACCCGGGGAAAUCCUCAUCAAUACACAAGGGUGCAGACCUCAUACUUGACCUUCUUAACAAGGAAAAGCAUUGCCUCGCGGAUGUUUUCCAAGAAAAACUCGCCUCGGAAGUGGGAAAUGUCAGAAACCAAUUACGGCAAAUGUCAGCUGUUCAUCAAGGGGAGAAAUUGCUAUGGGAAGAAGAAAGAUUGUCUUGGGGUCGAGAGAGAGAGAAUUGGGAGCAAGAAAGACUGUCUUGGGAGCAAGAGCGAAGGCAGUGGGACGAGAUGCGUCGACAGUUCGAUUGUCAAUUAAAUGAAGAGCAUCGGCAACUCAAGGACUUGAAAAAAUCCCAUGCUCAAGCCAAUAAGGUCAACGCGGAGAUGAUAGAAAUGAUGCGUAAGUGGAAGGAUGAGAAGGAUAGCUUUCAGGCCGAGGCAGACGAGUGGAAGGAGAAGUAUCGGCAACUGUACGCCCACUGGGAGGGCCGGGAAUCACAUUGGAAGGAACAUCAUGAGGCUAUUGACAGGGCUGGCUGCAUAGUUUCGGAUGGCCAGCUCAAGAGGAAGAAGUCGGCGCCUAUGGGACUGUAUUUGCAGACAGAUUUUAGUGCCUAA